GAGGAUGUGCGGAAAUGCAAAUUAUGCAACAAACAAUUCGUGCAGCCCGCACUCUACCGAAUGCACGUUCGCGAGCAUUAUAGGACGAAGAUAGUAAAGCAAACUAAGAGGGGAACGAAACAUAAAACUAUGUACAAAUGUACCAUAUGCUUGAAGACUUUCCAAAAACCGAGCCAAUUAAUACGACAUAUCAGAAUACAUACUGGAGAAAAGCCCUUUGAGUGUACUGUCUGCAACAGAGCGUUCACACAAAAGAGUUCGCUACAAAUUCAUGCAUGGCAACACAAGGGCAUUCGGCCACAUACUUGCAGUCUUUGUAACGCCAAGUUUAGUCAAAAAGGGAAUCUAAAGGCGCAUAUACUCAGAGUGCACAAUGCACCAGAAGGUGAGUCAACGUAUGCAUGUUCCUCUUGUUCCUGCGUUUUUAAGAGACUAGGCAGUUUAAAUGGACACAUAAAGCGAAUGCAUUCUAUUUCCUCGGAGGAAUCCAACGCCAAAUCCUUCGAAGCUAAUCCUAUCUCGUCGGAAGCUGAAAUGCGCGCGACCGUCGACAGUGUUAUAUCACAAUUGGCAUCUUUGGAAUCUAUUGUGAAUAGUACUGCAGAUUCUACAAGAACUACAACUUUAAGUGCGGAACAGAAUGAUAUUUUACAGCAGGCAUUAAAAAACAGUGGUUUACCGAACAAAAGCGAUGUCAUUUCGAAAGAAACCGCAGAACCAAAGAAGACUGAUUCAUCAACGUCGUAUGUCACGCUAGUAGACAGAACUGCUGGUGGUACUUCGAGGAAAUAUCUCACCAUAAAACAACGCUGCAUAGGAAACGUACGGUGGUAUGCGUGUUCGUUUUGCCCGAAAGAAUUCAAAAAGCCGUCGGAUUUGAUACGUCAUUUGCGCGUACACACCCAAGAGAAACCCUUCAAGUGUAUGUAUUGCGUGCGUUCUUUUGCGCUAAAAUCGACAAUGAUAGCGCACGAACGGACUCAUACUGGAGUGAAGAAAUACGCCUGCGAGUCCUGCGACAAAACCUUUGCGUGUCAUAACAGUCUUACCGCUCACACCAAAUUACACACAAAACCGCACAAGUGUAACAUAUGCGACAAAUCAUUUAGCGCGAGUACCAUCCUAAAAAAUCAUAUGAAAAGCCAUACGCGGGAGAAGCCUAAAAUGUCGUCGGAGGCGGAGAGCCUGGUACGACAAGUGGUACUGCAAGAACCGCUCGUCAUUAGCGACGCUGGUAAUAAAAUUAGCGUGGCACAAGUGCAGUCGAAACAGAAACAAUUGUACGAAAACGUCGGCGUGGCCAGGCCGCACGAAUGUUGGGUUUGUCACGCGGCGUUCAGGAAAGUUAGUCAUUUGAAGCAACAUUUUCGUAGGCAUACAGGCGAGCGUCCUUACAAGUGUUCCAAGUGCGACAGGAGAUUCACGUCAAACAGUGUUCUGAAAUCUCAUUUGCAUACACAUGAUGAUACGAGGCCAUACAGUUGUUCUGUAUGCGACACGAAAUUCUCCACGCAGAGCAGCAUGAAGAGGCAUUUGGUCACACAUAGCAAUAAGAGGCCAUACAUGUGUCCAUACUGUCACAAAACAUUUAAGACAUAUGUCAAUUGUCGAAAGCACAUGAAGAGGCACAAACACGAGCUGGCGCAACGACAAUUGGAGGAACAAAAGAUACAAGCUCAGAAGGAUCCACAGUCUUCGAGUGAAACUAAGGAUGCUAUUGGAUCAGUGUUACCGGAGAACAUCGAAGAUAUGGAGGUGUCAUUUCAACCGCAAAUGGCACCGGAUUUUACGCAGGCUUUUUCCGAUCAGUUUCAAGAUAUCAGCACAGAGAAAGAAAAAUCUUUUCUACUACCGGACAACACAACACCAUCGAUAGUGAAUCAAAAUUUAUCUGUCGACACAACUACUUUGGGAACGCCGCAAACUCUACACGCCGAUGAAACUGGUACUAUCACGUUACCUAAUUACUCAGGGGAUCAAACUUUCACGCCGAAAAACUUGCAGGAAAGUAUACGAGAGAUAGAGGAGACUCUGAAUCAACAAUUGUUUAACAUGGGUAUGAAUCUCGGGCUGGGGACAAAUAAUUUGCCGAGGCAGAUGGACGAGGUGAACACGAAUUCUCACAAUUCUAGAGAACAGCCGAUGCUUAAUAUUAUAUAUGAACAUAACAAAUCUCUGGAAUCGUCAGGCAAUACCAUAUUCAUGUCACAAUUUGAUUCGUUUGAUAUGAACCAAAUAACGUUGCAGACGGAUAACGAUAUAGAUAUUGGUUUAAAUCCGAGCAACUCUAUGUCUAGUAUUUUGCCUAGAUCUGUGGAAAGCCAACAAGAGGAACAACAAGCUGUUCCAGUUACUACAACUAGCAAUAUAGACGCUUCUCAAAUUACGAGAAACACUCAUCUGGUGAUAAUAAAUCCCAAGGAAAAUUGUUCGGAAUUAGUGAGACUUUCGCAAGUAUGCCCAUCGAAAUACUCGAAAGUCAUCGCGAAAGCUGACACCACAAAUGGAUCGGAGAUGCAAGGCAUGAAUGAGCACGAAAAGGCAGGGCAAGCAUCGCAGACAAGUAAUGUUGUAUCAUGUGAAAAUGAAACAAAUUGUUUCAUGAAGAAUUUCCAAAGUACAAUGCAGUCGGAGACGUUCGUUUCUUCGGACAACUCAGCCAAAAUAUUGCAAUGUAACACUCUGCUGCAAUGUCACAUGUGCGGCGAUCAAGGUUUCACGGCAGAGAGAUUGAAGGAACAUUUGAAAUCUCAUCGCGGUGACAAAGAGUAUGAGUGUUCGGAGUGUUCUCAGCGAUUCUGCACAAAUCGUGGUCUCAGUAAGCAUUUGAAGAUGCAUACGAACAAGCAGCGGUGGAAAUGCAUGAUAUGUCAGAAGGUACUGAGCAGCAAACUGCAAAUGAAAUAUCACAGUAAGAUGCAUACCGGGACUUGGAAUGUUUCGUCUAUGGAGCCGGACAGUUCUCAGAAGGAUCUUAUUUCCUCGAGUUCCGGUUUGUCAUCCGAUCUAACAACGCUGGACGUCCGAGCAGAUUCGAACCCUUCAGUUUCCGAGAAGGUUUUGAUGGCCGCAGUCGCCGAGAAGAAAAGCAUGGACCGCACUGACGAGAAUAUAGUGAAGAAAGAGAUAAGGGAAUACACUAAUAAAUGCAAGUACUGUCCGAAGACUUUCCGUAAACCAAGCGAUCUCAUCAGGCACAUUCGUACGCAUACGGGUGAACGACCGUACAAGUGUGAUCACUGCAACAAGAGCUUCGCGGUUAAGUGUACUUUGGAUUCGCACAUGAAGGUUCAUACAGGCAAGAAGACGUUCUGCUGCCACGUCUGCAGUAGCAUGUUUGCUACAAAGGGCAGUUUGAAGGUCCACAUGCGAUUGCAUACGGGUUCGAAACCGUACAAGUGUCUCGUGUGCGAUCUUCGAUUCCGCACUUCGGGUCAUAAGAAAGUACAUAUGUUGAAGCACGCAAGGGAGCAUAAGGGCGGUACAAAACGCAAGUCGAAACACUCUAAGAUCGCUGCGGUGGCGGAAGCGGCGGCCAGCCUCGAAAAAAUCGACAACAGUUCUCUUAAUAAUGCGUCAACAGCAACGACUACUGCUAUAAUUAACGAUGAAAUCGCGCCAUCGCAAACCUUGGCAGAUUAUCCCACGUUAGAGCAAACAGUGAAUCUCGGUACCGCGGUUCAUCUACCGAAUCAAAUCGCGUUUAAUCACACUGACACGACGACGACAAUCAAUAACAAUUCGAUAUUGUCUGUGAACGAAAACAACCAACUGGUGGCGAAUCUACAGUUCUUGUUGGCAAAUGGUUUGGUCACUUUUCAAACGGACGAUACCCUGCUGACGCAAUCGACGAUAAACAGUUCUGAUGCUACCGGCGCCGACAUGUCAACUAACGUAAUCGAAUUAGUCAAUCCAGAUCCUUUUCAUGAAACUUGUAACUUGGGUAACAACAAUCACGUGGUGAUAACCAGCCAAGUGCCAGCGGAGACGACGACCGCAGAUAUGAGCAACACAGCGGUUAUUCAAAUGAAUAAUUGUACGCCUCCUGUAUCUAUGAUACAAAUUCAAACUCAAGAUACAAAUAGCGUCGGUGUGUUUGAAGCGAAAACGAGUGAUCAAACAACAACAACAACGAUGACGAAAGCUUCGGCGCAGACUUCAAGCAAGGAGUGCGAUGUAUGCGGAAAAACGUUCAUGAAGCCGUAUCAAUUGGAACGACACAAACGUAUUCAUACGGGGGAACGACCAUUCAAGUGCGAGCAAUGCGGCAAAUCGUUUGCGCAGAAAUUUACACUGCAUCUGCAUCAGCAGCACCACACCGGUGAUCGGCCAUACUCUUGUCCACACUGCAAGCGCCUGUUCACGCAGAAAUGCAACUUACAGACACAUCUGAAACGCUUCCAUCAGAUGGUCAUGCUCGAUGUUAAAAAGCUGAAGAGCGGCCAACAGAUGCUAGGCACGCUUCUACAAGACAAUCAAGGCGGAGAUACUAAGCUGCUAAACUUGGACGACAUACUGGUGGUAGAUUUUCUCAAAUAAAUGUCUUCAAAGGAAUCUUUCGAGAAAAUUAACCCUGUGAUUCUCGCAAGCAAAUCGCUUGUAAGUAUGUGUAAUGUAAUUAACUUGAACUGUAAUUGAAAACGUGCCACAAACGAAUUUACUAAUAAUUGAAUACUACGCUUUUAAGUGAC